UAAUCCUGUGGAGACCUCAGCCCAGUAUACAAUGGUCCUGGCUGGAAAAGAAGAACUGUGAAUCUUUGUUGCUUUUUUUUUUUCUUCAAAUCUUUACCAUCACUUGCCCUUCUAUCUCCGCCUUCUCUUUCUGCAGGAAACUUUAUUUCCUACUUCUGCACACCAAGUUUCUACCUCCAGAUCUGAGGUUUUUGUUUCUGAGAAGCCUGAGACACUAGUGCCUCCAAGAAGAAGCCAUCCCUGAAACAAGGGAAAUGGAAGACAGCGAUAUGUUUCCUCAGCUCAUCCAUGGCAUAUUAUCAACAAAAAAUAUCCAAGAGUUAGAUGAAGACUUCACCACACCUUAUGACUAUGAUAAUAGUGCACCUUGUCAUAAAAACAAUGUGAAGCAAACUGGUGCCUGGAUCCUGCCCCCACUCUACUCUCUGGUAUUCAUCUUUGGCUUUGUGGGUAACAUGUUGGUCAUUCUCAUCCUGAUAAGCUGCAAAAAGCUAAAGAGCAUGACUGACAUCUACUUGCUCAACCUGGCCAUCUCUGACAUGCUCUUCCUGCUCACUCUCCCAGUCUGGGCUCACUAUGCUGCAAAUGAGUGGGUAUUCGGGGAUAUAAUGUGCAAAUUAUUCACAGGGCUCUAUCACAUUGGUUAUUUUGGUGGAAUCUUCUUCAUUAUCCUCCUGACGAUUGAUAGGUACUUGGCUAUUGUCCAUGCUGUGUUUGCUCUAAAAGCCAGGACGGUCACCUUUGGGGUGAUGACAAGUGGAGUCACUUGGGUGGUGGCUGUGUUUGCCUCUCUCCCAGGAAUCAUAUUUACUAAAUUCAAAGAAGAGUAUUAUCAUCAAACCUGUGGUCCUUAUUUUCCAUUAAUAUGGAAGAAUUUCCAUGCAAUAAUGAGGAAUAUCUUGAGCCUGGUCCUACCCUUACUUGUCAUGGUCAUCUGCUACUCAGGAAUCCUCCACACCCUGUUUCGCUGUAGGAAUGAGAAGAAGAGGCACAGGGCUGUGAGGCUCAUCUUUGCCAUCAUGAUUGUCUACUUUAUCUUCUGGACUCCCUACAACAUUGUUCUCUUCCUGAACACCUUCCAGGAAUUCUUGGGACUGAGUAACUGUGUGACUACCAAUCACUUAGACCAGGCCAUGCAGGUGACAGAAACUCUUGGAAUGACACACUGCUGCAUCAACCCUAUCAUCUACGCCUUUGUUGGAGAGAAGUUCCGGAGGUAUCUUUCCAUAUUCUUCAGAAAGCACAUAGCUAAACGUCUCUGCAAACAGUGCCCAGUUUUCUAUAGGGAGGCAGUCGAUCGAGUGAGCUCAACAUUCACCCCUUCCACUGGGGAGCAAGAAGUCUCAGUUGGGUUGUAAAGCAAGUAUCAGUCUGCUUUCUUUUAUCAGGUACAAGACACAGUUUGUAUAUGGUAACAGGCUUCAAAGACAGUUAUUCUCACCUUUGGGUCUCAGCCCCUUGUGGGGCUCAAUGACCCUUUGACAGAGAUGGCCUAAGACCACCAGAAAACACAGCUAUUUACAUUACAAUUCAUAACAGUAGCAGUUAUGAAGUAGCAACAAAAAUAAUUUUAUGGUUUGGGGUCACCAUAACAUGAGAGACUGUAUUAAAGGGUCACAGCAUUAGGAAGGUUGAGAACAAUUGCUCAAAGAUGUAUUAAAGAAUAGAGACCUUAAAAUCAGAUGUCCAGGAACCUUAGGAUUAUGACAAGACAGAACUUCAUCACUUCUUGUAUAUAUAAUACUUGUUUAGAAUAAAUGUUGGCAAAAUCUUCAACUUUCCAGCGAACUCAUCUCUGUCCCUGAGAAGAGCUUCAUUGCCUUAUGGUAAAACUAUUUUACCAAUCUUCACCAUGUUUCCCUCUAUUUCUUAUAAGAAGGCGGACAAGAUUAAGCAUUAUUGAUUCUGGAUGAAGAUGAAGAUGAAAGUGAGCAGGGGCCUUUUUCAUUUGGAAGGAAAGGUCCUGGUCAUUGGCACCAUCUCCUACCUGUAUUUAAUUGAAGGCUUUUAUCAGGUUGUGGAAAAUCUGGGAACUGUAAUAGUUUGUUGGGGGCUUUUAUUUGAGUCUCGUGAUUCUUUUAUACAUAACUGCAUAGCACAUUUUUGCUUUGGUAUUUUAUCUAUGACAACAUGAAAAACAUCUUUUCAGUAUCACACUCCAUUGCUUAAAUAUUUCUCAAGUCACAGGUCCUUAUAUGAUAUUUAUAAAAUUGUUUAUAAAAUAUGUAUCAUCAGUGGUUAGCCUAAAAAUAAUAAAGGUUGUUGCUUGAUCUUUCCAGGAAGAGCAAAGACUGGAGGUAGUGAGUGACCAAGAGUGAGGAGAAAUGCCAAUUCCUCCAUCAGGCUUAGAAGGCUGCAGCAAAAAAGGCAGGGGUGGGUGAGACGAUAGCAGGGAUGCAUUUAGAACCACAUACAAUCAGAGGCAAAAUGGAUGCCUCGGAACUGAGGAAAGGUGUCUGGGUGUAAAUUGGUUUUAGUUCAUUGCUGCUAUUUCCUGCUUCCCCACUACCAUUCCCCAGGAUCUUUAUUUCUUAACUGCCAUACUUCAAACAUCAGUGGGCCUAAGAAAAGAGGGUAUGAAACAGCUAAACAUGAGCCCCUGCAUAGUCCUGGAAGAGAAAAAGCACUGAUUAUAUUUUGUGAGCAAAGAAAGGGAUGGAUGCAGCAGGGCCAUGAGCCCUUGCUUUGGUAAUUAUACUCCUAUCCUAGGAACCUAUCUUAAUUACCAGGCAGGAUAAGUCUGGAUUAAAAAAAAAAGAUUACAGAUGGAGUGGGAAUAAGUGUGUCACAGACUAUCUUCCAGUGCCUUAUUUUUUGAUACAAACAUAAUUCAAAGAUUUUUUUUAAAAAUUAAAGAUAGAAAAAAUAAAAAUAAGACUGUAAACUUCGACUUCUAAAGAUGAUGAAAUACCUCUGUAAGAGUUUCUACCAUGCCAGGCUUGAACACAUUACAUUAGUUAAAGAAAAAAAUUCUGACUUUGAGAAUAUGAACUGACAUAGACAACUCUGGAUUGACAGGAUCUUGGAUUUGUGAUCUAUGGACUUACCUAACUAAGGUGAUAUAGAGUCUAAGCCAUCUGGAGUGCAGCAUAUGCUACACAGAUGCCAUGUCAGCAGAGUAAUGUUCUCUCAGGCUUGUUUUCCCUAAAAUUCCUUUAUACCAUUCUUCCCAGAUGUGCUAUUCGUGAUAGAUCGUCCUUUGGGUGAGUGGGAACCCCUAAAUCAAGCCAGCUUCUAAACAAAGCUUUAACAAUUUAAAUUACAAAGGAGAGUACUUAGACGAACUCCUUCUCAUAAGAAAAAUAUCUCUCCUGAGUUGAAGCAAGAAUGUUCUUCCCGAUGCUCUAAUGUGUUUCUCAUCUGACAGAAGCAACAAACAAGGGAACAGACAACCUGGGAACUGGAAGUCUUUGUGGUUUGACUUUGCUACCACAUGAUGAGAAAAAGUUUCUGGAAGAAGGGAAGAGAGUAUCACCUUCAGAAAUAAUGGUGUUUUAUUUUAAUGAUGAUAAGAUUAAAAAACAAAAGUUGAAAACCUAUGAUUUGGGAAAUAAAUCAAUGCUCUAUCUACAUUGCUAGAAACAAGCAUAGGUUUGUUAUACCAGUGUGGUUGACUGUUUUGUUCAUAGAUACACACAUCUUCCCAUGUACUAUUUUGCAAUAUCACCAUACCUGGUACCUGAUGGAGAGGUGUGACUUACAGCCUGCCUUCUAAGCUAUACAUCUUUCUCCAGUUAUUGUGUUAGAAGACAAACACAAAGGACAUCUGUCUUUUCCAAUUAUAGCUUCAGCAUGGUUGGUGUGAGUUUCAUUUUAGGAAACUAAAGCCAUGCAUCUUGGUGAGUGAGAAGAUAAGAGAAAUGAAGCCAGGACCACAUCCAUGAAUAAGAGGAGCAAAAGUUCAUGUCCACUAUGAUAGGCCACUGGGUCGGGAGAUUAUUUGUUAAGGACAGUGCUGACUAAUACAGAUGGGAGUAUUUGUUAAGGACGGUGCUGAAUAAUACAGAUGGGAGAUAAUGUUUAUGAAAAAUGUUUUUCUAUUGUGGGUGCAAUAUGAAAAGCAGCCUGAGGGUCUACAGAUUGGAUGGGUAAGGUGAAAAUGGAUGUUGCUGUCAGCCCAGGACUCUGGAGAGUGGUAUGGGGUACAGAGGGCUCAGAUAUGGUCACAAGAGCACAGGGAAAGAAGAGUAUAUAGGACUUUUUUUUUGAGAAUACAAAAGGUGAGCACUAACUCAGUGAUGGUCAUGCAGCAUGGUAUGAACAUCUACAGUAGGAUUUUGUGCCACAGAAGAAACUGCCUGGUAGGAGUUGUCUGUUAUUUGUUUCCAGAAGUGAGCUCUAAAGUCAUCUGGGGGAAAGCCAUUGAGUGAACAAUUGAAGGAAAGUGGGAACAAGGAGAAGAAAGGCCACCAUACCAAGGGAUGGGUGUUUGGACAGUUUUGGUGCAAUAGUGGGCUUGUCACUGUUCCCAAUAGCCUUAGGUCUGUGCUGUCAAAGCAGCUGGGGAGGCUGGGUGUGUGCAGAGGACUCUGCAGCUGCCGGAAGGACUUCAGUAGAAGCUGUCCAUCUGCUUCUAUGCAUUUAGACUUCUCAGACAAAUGAAAUUAGCUCAAACUAGAUUAUCCAUCAAGCUUGACUGCCCAGGUAUCUAUGGAAACACAUCAUAGGAGAAAGAGUCUGGGCUAUGAGUGUUUCUGAAAGACAGCUCAGGAAUGGGGUGGGAAAAGGCCAGGUAUAGGUUUAGAGAGUGACCAAUAAAGGAUAGAAUUUAUUUAAGAUAUGGACACUUUGGCAUAUUAUCUUAGUCACUGUUCUACUAUUGUGAAAAGACAAUAUGACCAUGACAACUCUUACAACAGAAAGCAUUUAAUUGGGAUUAGCUUACGGUUUCAGAGGUUUAGUCCAUUGUCAUCAUGGCAGGAAACAUGGUGGUGUGCAAGCAUAUUGCUGAAGAACCAGCUGAGAACUGCAUUCCGAUCCGCAGGCAGCAGCAAGAACAAGACACUGGACCUGGCUUGGACCAUUGAAACCUCAAAGCCCACCACUAGUGACAUACUUCCUUCAUUGAGGCCACACCUACUCCAAUAAGGCCGUACUUUCUACUCCAAUAAGGCCUAAUCCUUUCUAAUAGCGCCACUCCUUGGUGGCCAAGCAUUCAAAUAUAUGAGUCUACGGGAAGUUACUCGUAUUCAAGCCACCACACAUAAUAUGUGUAACAUUGAGAAGGUUCUGGCAUGAUGUGGUAUAUGGUGAAUGUAUGUGUGUGGUAGUGGUGGGGUAUAUAAAUCAAGACUUGUAUCCCUGCUGGCCCCAGCAUACAAUUUGUGCCACAUCAGCUCAGCAAUUCAUAAGCAAAGGUCAGGGAACUGAGUAAAGUUUUGAUUCAUCGACAAGUGACUAUUAAACCUCCUAAUACAA